CUUGCAUGCGCGUCGAGCCGCGGUCACCAUAGCAGUGGGCAGAAUCGUGUGCACGUUGAUCUUGCGCUUCCUCGGUGCAUCGUAAAAUAAUGUUUUCCCUUGGGCAAGCUCCGUCGUACGCGCCGCGCAACGAUGGGACGUUUUCAGGUCUAAUGAAGGCCCUGUACAAUGAUCCGUUCAAAUGGCAAGUUAUCAAGAGCUGGUCCAUGUUCUGUUUUGGCAUCUACCUCGCUAAAGAAUUCGCGGGUGUCGACCUCAUGGCCCCGUCGCCGGCAUUAUAAGGACGCCCGCGUAUGGAUGGAUGUCGCUAAACAGCUGCACAGUUUCCACGACCACGGCUGUCGACUGAGCCUUUGGAACUGAAGUCAUACCGAAUUAUAAUGAAUGCGUUGCAAUGGAUCGCUUAGCGGGACCACGAUGUCCAUUGGCGCCCAUUCGUUCAUGACACAUCCGAAAUAAAACUAUUCUGCAUUUUGCUGCGGCCAUCGGUUGUAUUUGUUCUGUUUUCGCAUGUCAGUGUGAAAAAUGUGCGCAGUAGCUUGCUGAAACAACGAAUUCAAAAAUGAAUAAAUCUGCGUUUCAGUCAACGCGUGCGAUUCAUAAAAACGUAGCGUUUGAAACCUUGCAGUGCAGUAGAUUCACGGUGAGACAUUCGUCUGUAUAAUUUGCCGUGCGAAUCGACGGAUCAUCCUGUCAUCACGUUUCCUAAUAAAGGGGCACGUAGUUCAUUGGAACAUGGAACUGCUACAAACAUACAAAGGAACACGGAUAUCGCGUCAGUCAAGUGAGGUCACGUGACGUCCGCGCAUGGCGUCGGCUUCGGUUUGCGACAGUUUUUGUCAAAAGGGAAACUUAUUUCGUGUUUUUCUUCGUUUGUGCGCGUUUGAACCCGAGUUGGCGCAUAAGUGAGGAAUAAUGAAUUGACAAGAUGCAGGGAGCGGGGCGGAAGAAAUUGGUCGAGCUUAACCCCCAUCUGACCUGUGUCCUAUGCGGCGGCUACUUCGUUGAUGCGACCACCAUCAUUGAAUGUUUACACUCAUUCUGCAAGACGUGCAUCGUAAGGUACCUUGAAAAGCACAAACUAUGUCCAGUCUGUGACGUUCAAGUGCAUAAGACACGGCCACUUUUGAAUAUCCGGUCAGACCAGACGCUUCAGGAUAUUGUGUACAAAUUGGUCCCAGGCCUCUUCAGAAAUGAGAUGCGAAGACGACGGGAGUUUUACGCCAGCUUGCCCCCAUCUGAACGCUCGUCUAGGCCGAUAUCAAGCGAGGGAAGAGGAGACGUUCGCAACGUUGAGCGGCUCAUCUUCAACCGUGAGGAUUUGAUCAGCGUGUCCCUGGAAUACAGUGCCCGGGAUAUUCUGCCCAUUCGACCAUUGUUGCUGGGGCCUCCUCUACCUGAAAGCCAGGAAAGUCCUCCAGGCAGCCACCGGUACCUCCUUUGUCCUGGUGGAUUUACCGUGGGCCACCUCAAGAAAUUCCUGAGGGCAAAGUUUGGUUUGUCCAAGAACCAUGAGGUGGAUGUGAUGUACAUGCAUGACCACCUCCUGGAUGAAUAUGCUCUCAUGGACCUUGCCUACAUUUACUCUUGGCGCAGGAAUGCCCCCAUGCGGUUGCUGUACCGAUUUCCUGUGCUACCACCAUCACUCAUGAGUUCGAGCUCAAAGGCAGAUGAAGCGGUCCCUGUGCCACCAGAUGAAGGAAAAAGCAUUUUCAUCGGAUCCACUGCGUCCCAUCAGACCAGUGACCUGCCACCAGCUGGCUCUGCAUCAAGUAAAAGGGGACGUGCUCCUUCCAGUAGUGCCAGUGCGAAUGCUAAUGCAGUGUGUGCCACCAAUCCUAGCCAUGUGAACCCCGCAAGUGGUAACUGCAGUGACACAGGCAAUGGUAGUGCUAACCGCUCCAGUACAAUUAACCGUGUCAAUUCUGGUUUUUCCCAGAAUACCACUUCACUCAGCAACAAGGACACUGCUGCUGUUGGCAUAGCAGCAGACUCUCAAAAGCCAGUUGGGCCAAUCAGCACGAAUCGUGAAAGCUCUCCUGCAAAGCAACCUGUUGAGACUUCUUCAAACAAGCGUGUAGAAAAUGCUAGGUCUAAACAGGGUGCUGUAAGCUAUACUGGCAAUGUCAGUGGUUUGUCACCAGCAGGAAGCCCACAGCCACCACGAAACCAACAGCCGUUACAAAGUCAACAAUUGCCACAAAGCCAGCAGCAACCACAAGGCCAGCAGCCAUCACAACAAUUGCCACAAGUGCAGCAAACUCCACAAAGUCAACAACCACCACAAAACCAACAACAAAGGAGCCCACAAGUUGUUAAACUUCCUGCAAGCAUGGAGUGCACUCCUUGUUUGCCCACGCCUCGUGCUACUGGCAUCAAACCCGGUGUUGAACAGAAAGUGCCGUCCAGUGGGGCAAGUUCCAACCAGCCAGCGGCUUGGAUUGGCCGCACGCCCGGUUCCAGCCCAACAGCUAGUCGUGUGGUGACCAGUGGACAGAGACCUGGAAGCAAGGCUGCCGUGUUUUCGAAGACUACACCACCAUCACAUCGCAGAAAUGGUCUAUCAACAGCGAACGGUGUGCACGGCAAUUUGCGACUCAUCUUGCCUGCGCCAGCCAAGGCUAAUGGUCUCACGGACAGUAGGGAAGUGUUGCCAAAGGCCACUAAGGCAAGCAGUCGACCGAGUGACAGCCCAAGCAGCCCAGCCAAGCGGCCACACUUGGACUCACGGCCUGGCAAGGAGGCUGCGGUGUCAUGACCUUGGACACCUAUGCGCGUGUGUAUAUAGGAAGGCACAGCACAACUACUUCAAAGCAGGUCGUUUCCAGCAAAGAUACAUGUGCGUUAUUGCUAGUGAAGUGCAGUUAAGACACAGAUUCGUUAACUACAGCAGUGCAUUAUGUCUUCUUGUUCCUGCUGGCAAUCCAUGCGAGUAUGCUUUCACAAACUGGAGACAGUUGAUAACACGUGAAGACAUCUGCUGGCAGCAUUUCUUCUUUACCACAAGCUGAUUAUAAGGAUGGUUGGUGAAGGCUUAAAAGUAAAGUGUAAUAAUUUAGGCUGCCACAAAUGGCUUGCGAAUUUUCUUUCCUAUAUGUUUCAAGAACGUUAAUUAUUGUUUUAGUUCCUCUAAGUUGUGCAGAUAGCCCUCUUUACAGUAUUUCUUGCCGUUAAAAUGUGCAGGUAACCCUUCUCUUAACAAGUCUAUCUCCUUUCUGCUCUCAGCAUAGUGGAGAGCCACAUGUGCAGCAUCAUUACGGUUCUCUGCUGGACAUAUAAAAUUGCUUUAUAGGUAGGGUCACUUACGAGCACAAUAUGCAGCUGGGAACUUCCAGUAGGAGUGAAAAAUCAGGGCCGCGAUAUUGUAGCGAUGCCUUUUCCCGAUCUUAAUGCCUUUCAGCACUUCGUGUUCGUGAGUGGCCAUGUUUGAUGCUCCACGCAGGGCAUCUCUUAACUACUCCUGAACGCGAAAAGUGCCGAAAGGAAUUAGCAUCGAAAAAGGCAUCGCUACAAAAUUGCAGCCCCCGAAGUAAUGAGUAAUCUCCUGGAUGCUGAUCCUGCUUUGAAGUAGUGUUGCGUACUAUUAAGUUAUUUACCUGGGGGCCACUGCAACAAGGAAGUUGAAGCAGUGUUUUGGACGCUUCAUAUACUGUGUGAUACAGCUCUAAGCUGUCUCAUUUCGCAAGCAAUGCAAAGAGCAUGCUUAGACUGACCACACCGAGCUUGUCACAAUUGCAAGGCACAAGAAGCCUCGUGUUACAUAGCAACUAUCAGAUGUGUAUUAUAUUUUUGCACUUAUAUUGAAGCACGUGUAUAAAGGAUUUGUACAGAAAUGAAGCCCCAACGGUGCCUGAGCCAUCAUCAUUUUUGACUAGCGCUAUCUUAAAGCACACAUACAGAGGUAUUGUACAGAAAUAACGCUCCAAUGGUGCUCUUUCACCACUUUGACCAGCAGUGCCGUUUCCAAAGCUAUACUCUGUUUUUCAUCGAAGUGCCAGUUUACAAAUGUAAUAAAGAACAUUGAAUCCUCAAUUGGCAGGUGGAAAUGCCAAUCCCA